UGGACAAUUUAUGGGGAUGAAGCUCAAGGAGCCCAAACGAGUGGCCGCUGCUUCUAAGAGCGUUCCGCGACGUGUUUGCAUGUCUCUCACCACUAGUGUAGCCGUAGGCGACGCCACGUUGAGGGAAAUAGAUAUGGAAAAAAGGGACCCUCGGACUGUGGUGGCGAUUAUUCUGGGAGGAGGAGCUGGCACCCGUCUAUUCCCCCUCACCAAGCGUCGUGCCAAACCUGCUGUUCCAAUUGCAGGAGCAUAUAGGCUGAUCGACGUGCCAAUGAGUAACUGUAUCAACAGUGGAAUUAAUAAAGUCUAUAUCCUUACUCAGUUCAAUUCAGCAUCCCUAAAUAGGCAUCUUGCUCGAGCUUACAACUUCAGUGGUGGAAUCACCUUUGGAGAUGGCUAUGUCGAGGUUCUUGCAGCCACUCAAACUCCAGGAGAGGCUGGUAAAAAUUGGUUUCUAGGUACUGCAGAUGCUGUGCGACAAUUCCACUGGCUCUUUGAGGAUGCCAGAAGCAAGAAUAUUGAGGAUGUAUUGAUCCUAUCUGGCGAUCACUUGUACAGAAUGGACUAUAUGGAUUUUGUUCAGAAUCAUAGGCAAAGUGGUGCAGAUAUCACUCUUUCUUGUCUGCCAAUGGAUGACAGCCGGGCCUCAGACUUUGGUCUAAUGAAGAUAGACGACAAAGGAAGGAUAAUUUCAUUCAGUGAAAAGCCUAAAGGAGAGGACCUGAAGGCAAUGGCAGUAGAUACAACAAUUUUGGGACUUUCAAAAGAAGAAGCUCAGAAGAAGCCAUAUAUUGCUUCCAUGGGAGUGUAUGUCUUCAAGAAGGAGAUACUUUUGAAUCUUUUAAGAUGGCGCUUUCCAACUGCCAAUGACUUUGGAUCAGAGAUAAUUCCUGCCUCAGCCAAAGAAUACUUUAUAAAGGCUUAUCUCUUCAAUGAUUACUGGGAAGACAUUGGGACUAUUAGAUCCUUCUUUGAAGCUAACCUUGCCCUGACAGAGCAACCACCAAGGUUUAGCUUUUACGACGCAGCAAAACCGAUGUUUACUUCGAGAAGAAACUUACCACCAACAAAGAUUGACCAGAGCAAGGUUGUAGAUUCAAUCAUCUCACAUGGAAGCUUCUUAACCAAUUGCCUUAUAGAGCACAGUGUUGUCGGCAUUCGGUCCAGAAUUAACUCUGGCGUUCACUUGAAAGACACUGUGAUGCUUGGAGCUGACUACUAUGAAACUGAUGCUGAAGUUUCAUCUUUGUUAGCUGAAGGAAGAGUACCAACAGGAGUAGGAGAAAAUACAAAAAUAAAGGACUGUAUUAUCGACAAGAACGCUAGAAUCGGGAAGAAUGUGGUCAUUGCCAAUUCAGAGGGCGUACAAGAGGCUGAUAGAUCUUCAGAAGGCUUCUACAUACGUUCUGGCAUUACCAUCAUAUUAAAAAAUGCAGUAAUUAAAGAUGGUUUGGUUAUAUAAUAAACAGUUUAUUCUUCAUUGAUGAACACGUAGAUUCUUCAUUAAUUUGUAUUAUUUUCUUGGUUAUUUUAAUUUUUAGUAUGAGAUCACCUAAAAUAAGAAUGCAGAUGAUGUAACUACAAAAUAUAUCAAUGGAUGUGAUUCUUCUUCAACACAA